AUGGAUUCGAAUCCAACAAUGGCGAUUUCCACUUUAACACUCACAUCAUCUCUCUACGCACGUUCCUUCAGACCCAGCACUCCUACCAUCUUAUCUUCGUCUUCUUACUCAUCGUCAUUCUCGUGUCUCUGUUCUUCUUCCGCCGAUUGCGAGCCGAAACACACGAGCCUCGCCUUAAAGAAGCGCGCUUUCGGAGUGGGUUUAGGGUUUCUAGCCGCUUCGAUUCUCUCUCUGACGCCUCUGGACGCAGACGCCACGCGGAUCGAGUACUACGCGACUGUUGGAGAUCCUCUCUGCGAAUACAGCUACGCGAAAUCGGGACUUGGGUUUUGCGAUAUCGAUGUUGGAUUCGGUGACGAAGCUCCGCGUGGCGUACUCGUCAAUAUCCAUUACACGGCGAGGUUUGCAGACGGAACGUUGUUUGACAGUAGCUAUAAGCGAGCAAGACCACUUACUAUGCGAAUUGGUGUCGGAAAGGUUAUUAGAGGUCUAGACCAGGGGAUUCUUGGAGGCGAAGGAGUACCUCCUAUGCGUGGAAAGCGUAAACUUCAGAUUCCACCAAAGUUAGCUUAUGGACCAGAGCCUGCAGGAUGCUUUUCCGGUGACUGUAACAUACCUGGCAAUGCAACUUUACUCUAUGAUAUUAAUUUCGUCGAGAUCUACCCUGGAAGUAAUACAAGAUGA